ACCGAGUCUUCAGAGAAGACCAAAGACUUGCUGGAAAUGGUGAAAAAGCUGCAGAAAGAAGGAAGCCUGGAGCCACAGAUUGAGGACCUGAUUAACCGGAUUCAUGAGCUUCAGCAAGCGAAGGAGAAAUCCAGUGAGGAACUGGGAGAAGCCCAAGCUCUUUGGGAGGCCCUGCGUCAGGACCUGGACUCCCUGAGUGGAGAGAAAGUGCACCUGGAGGAGGUUCUGAGCAGAAAGCAAGAGGCACUGCGGACCCUCCAGCUGCAUUGCCAAAGGAAGGCGGAGGAGGCACAGAGGAACUACGUGUUGGCGGAGCACACAGAGCAAAUUUCUAUCCCAAACUCUCAGGUCACAGAGAGUCAAGGACAGAGGAAGCUGGGGUUGCCCACGGAAGAACAGCUGGAGGAUUUGAUAGGCCCGCACAAGGACCUCUGGGAAUUCCACAUGCUGAAGCGGCGACUGGCCUGGGAGAUCCGUGCCCUGCAGAGCAGCCAGGAGCAGCUGCUCACCGAAGAGAGGCAGGCGCUGGCCCGGCUGGAGGACGUGGAGCGGCGGCUGCUCGCGCCGCCCGAGGCCCCCGCCGCCCGGGCGGUGAUCGGCGGGCUGAAGGCGGAGCCAGAGAAACUCCGGGGGGAGGCCCCCGCCCAGACCCAGAACACCCUAGAGGACCGGGCCGGCGCUGGAAAGAGCAGGCAGCCUCCAGCAGGUUUCCUGACCCAGAGCAGAAAAAGAAAUGCUCAGAUGGCCUGGAAGCUUAAGAAGCAAAAGCUGCGGAUCCAGGACCAAGUGGACUCGCCCAGCACUUCCAGGGACAGCGAGAGAACAGCAGGCAAGGUGGGUGCAGCUUGUGAGAGCAUGACCUUAAAAACAAGAAUGCAGGUGCUGACUUUGGGAAUAAAAUCCCACACAGACUGGCGUGGAAGAAACGACUCAGGAUUUCAAGCACAUGGCUACAACACCGUGCAGUCUCUGCGGCAGCUCUGUGCCUUUUUUGCUGAGCACUCAUCCUGGUUGUAAUUUUUUGGGUUGGUCUGCGGGAUGCCUUGGUUAA